AGAGAGAGAGAAUGCAAAGAGCCAAAGAGGAGAGUCUGAUGUGAAGAGCAGAGGAGCUGGCAGUGUUGACAACGCAGCGAGACAGAGAGGGGUUGGAGAAGGGCACCCGCCGCCGCCACCGCCGUGACUACACUCCGUUCGACACCAUGACAACCGUAGCAAAUGCACGGCGAGCCCCCGGCCCUGCCGCCCCGCCAAUCAGGGGGGAGCGAGUGGCGCGCGGCAAGCUGUGAGGGGAGAGACGCAGCACAGGAUAGCAGAACAGAGUGGGGAGGAGUGUAAGGAUGGAGAUACUGAUUGUAACAGGACCACCCAAUCACUAUUACAACCUAGGAGCUACCAGAGUGGUGGGGGGAAAAAAACGCAAAGAAAAAGACAAUGUAGAAAAUCUGCAUCCGAUUCCAAUUCCCCAGUAGGUUGUGAGUGACACUGACCGUGUACACAUGAUGAAUCCCAUGGCCCAGCUGUACUACAAGAAGGCGAGCUACUCGCCGUACCGCGACCGCAUCCCGCUGCAGAUCGUGCGGGCGGAGGCGGAGCUGUCAGCGGAGGAGCGGGCGUACCUGACGGCGGUGGAGAAGGGCGACUAUGCCGGGGUGAAGCUGGCCCUGCAGGAGGCGGAGAUCUACUACAACAUCAACGUGAACUGCCUGGACCCGCUGGGGCGCAGCGCGCUGCUCAUCGCCAUCGAGAACGAGAACCUGGAGGUGAUGGAGCUGCUGCUCAACCACGGCGUGCACGUGGGCGACGCACUACUCUACGCCAUCCGCAAGGAGGUGGUGGGCGCCGUGGAGCUGCUGCUGUCCCAUCGCAGGUCCAGCAGAGAGAAACAGGUGCCCAACCUGAUGAUGGAUACUCAGUUCUCAGAGUUUACCCCUGACAUCACACCCAUCAUGCUGGCAGCUCACACCAACAACUAUGAGAUCAUCAAGCUGCUGGUCCAGCGCAAGGUGACCAUCCCCCGGCCACACCAGAUCCGCUGCGACUGCGUGGCCUGUGUGUCCAGCUCCGAGGUGGACAGCCUGCGUCACUCACGCUCCCGCCUCAACGUCUACAAGACCCUGGCCAGCCCGUCCCUCAUCGCCCUGUCCAGCGAAGACCCCAUCCUGACUGCCUUCCGCCUGGGCUGGGAGCUGAAGGAGCUAAGCAAGGUGGAGAAUGAGUUCCGUCAGGAGUACGAGGAGCUGUCCCAGCAGUGUAAGCUGUUUGCCAAGGACCUGCUGGACCAGGCCAGGAGCUCUAGAGAGCUGGAGACCAUCCUCAACCACCGCGAUGACCUCAGUGAGGAGCUAGACCCACAGGACUGCCGUGACCUGGCCAAGCUCAAACUAGCUAUCAAGUACCACCAGAAAGAGUUUGUGUCCCAGCCAAACUGUCAGCAGCUCCUGGCCACCCUGUGGUACGACGGUUUCCCCGGGUGGCGCAGACGCCACUGGGCGGUCAAGCUGGUCACCUGCUUCACCAUCGGCCUGCUCUUCCCCAUCUUCUCCCUGGUCUACCUGCUGGCCCCCAAGAGCGCCCUGGGCCUCUUCAUCAAGAAGCCCUUCAUCAAGUUCAUCUGCCACACAGCCUCCUACCUGACUUUUCUUUUCCUCCUCCUCCUGGCCUCCCAGCACAUCGUGAGAACAGACCUGCAUGUCCAGGGCCCGCCGCCCACCGUGGUGGAGUGGAUGAUCCUUCCCUGGGUGCUGGGCUUCAUCUGGGCUGAGAUAAAGGAGAUGUGGGACGGAGGCUUCACUGAGUACGUCCAUGACUGGUGGAACCUGAUGGACUUUGCCAUGAACUCUCUCUACUUGGCCACUAUCUCACUCAAAAUAGUUGCUUACUUCAAGUACAACAGCUCUCGGCCGCGGGAGGAGUGGGAGAUGUGGCACCCGACGCUGAUCGCCGAGGGCCUGUUUGCUAUCGCCAACAUCUUCAGCUCCCUGCGCCUCAUCUCCUUGUUCACAGCCAACUCCCACCUGGGGCCUCUGCAGAUCUCCCUGGGACGCAUGCUGCUGGACAUCCUCAAGUUCCUCUUCAUCUACUGCCUGGUGCUGCUGGCCUUCGCCAACGGGCUCAACCAGCUGUACUUCUACUACGAGACCAAGGCCUCGGACGAGCCCAACAACUGCAAGGGCAUCCGCUGCGAGAAGCAGAACAACGCCUUCUCUACGCUGUUUGAGACGUUGCAGUCCCUGUUCUGGUCGAUAUUCGGCCUGCUCAACCUGUACGUGACCAACGUGAAGGCACGCCAUGAGUUCACAGAGUUUGUGGGAGCCACCAUGUUCGGUACCUACAACGUUAUCUCCCUGGUGGUGCUGCUCAACAUGCUCAUCGCCAUGAUGAACAACUCCUAUCAGCUCAUCGCUGACCAUGCGGACAUUGAAUGGAAGUUUGCCCGCACCAAGCUGUGGAUGAGCUAUUUUGACGAGGGAGGAACUCUCCCGCCGCCCUUCAACAUCGUCCCCAGCCCCAAGUCAGUGUGGUACCUGUGUGUGUGGACGCACAACCGCCUGUGUGGACGGGACCGUCCCAGUCCCGACGACCCGAGGAAACACGAGAACUUAAAGGAGUUCACGGAGCGGCAUGCUGACAACCUGAUUCAGAACCAGCAUUAUCAGGAGGUGAUCAGGAACCUGGUGAAGAGGUAUGUAGCAGCCAUGAUCCGCAGUGCUAAAACAGACGAGGGUCUGACAGAGGAGAAUUUUAAGGAGCUCAAGCAGGACAUCUCCAGUUUCCGCUACGAGGUGUUGGACCUGUUGGGGGACAGGAAACCUCCGCGGAGGACCUACUCAUCCAGCAGUGAGGCUACCCAGCAGGACGAGGCCAACGAGGAAGAAGGGGCUGGACAGGCCCAGGGUCAGUCCAGGGACCAAGGGGCCAAGGGGGUAUCCUUCAGCACGUCAAUCGCUGAGAGGAAGAGCAAGGACUCUGGGUUCAGCGUCUCCGCCCUCUUUAAGUCCAUGUCAGGGGCAGACGGGGCAGUGGACAACAAACCAAAGAGCAACGGGCUCAGAUUCUCCUCCUCCCCCCCGUCCUCUGCUGCGUUAACCCGCAGUAGUGGCCGGCUGCAACGCUUCUCCAAGUCCAAGAGAGACUCCAUCAGGCGGCUGGGCCUGCUCUUCUCCCGCAUGAACGGACACGUGCCAGAGCCCAGGUCCCCUCCUCCCAGGAUGCACCAGCCCACCUACAGCAUCUCAGACGGUCUGCUUCGGCAGCCCACAACCUGGCCGGACAUCCAGACCCACCCCAAUCCCCCGGUUACACGCAGCCUGUUCCACCUGGACCAGCUGGGGGUGAACCUGAACGAGUUACCACAUGCCCCUCCCCAGGCCCUGCCAUUGGGGUCACCCCAGCAGGCUAACGGAAGUGACAGUCUGCUCCUGCGACCGGCGGGCCACUCCUUACCGCCGCCAGGCCACUCCGUGCCACCCCUGCACUGUGCUUCCAGCAUCACGGCCUCCAGCUCUCGGGCUGUCCUCCUGGGCUCUAGUGAGGACAUGUUUGAGGGCUGGAUAGGACCUUGUGACGAGCUGGACUCCUCUGAGUGGGGGGCUGAGCAGGACGAUUCCAUCACAACACAGCUUUAGAGAUCCCCCCCCGGAAUAAUGACAGAAUAGUACUGUAUGUUUAGGUCACUCUGCUGAAAAGACAGAAAGAAUAAGUGGUUGACCCAAGUAUACAAAACCCAGGACUCAUUUUCAAAGAUAUCAUAGCAAAGUAGGAAGAUUCUAAACAUAUAAUGAAAAAAAAAAAGCUUUAUCUAUUGCAAUAUGACUACAUGUUUGCAUACUGCCACUUACGUGUGAUCCUUAGAUCAUUGGGUCUGUAAGCUCACCAUCCUCUUAACUUGUUUUCAUACAGUUCAGACCCAGUUAUUUCUAUUUUACUCAUCAAAAUAUCCCUGAGAUUAAAGGGGUUCAUAUACACAGCUGAGGUAUCACCAUUGUCCAAACUUCUACUCUCUUACAAAUAUGUUUAAUCUCGUUGCAAGUUUGUCUUUUACCAGACUGUUUUGCAGUGUUGUUCCAUAUGCACGUUUUCCUCAUGUGCCAAAUUUCCCCUACAGUGUGUUCUGUUUGGUAUGUGGUAUAACCUAAACAGGAAUGGUUAUUAUCAUGGUAGACAAGGUCGUGUGACAUACAUUUAUUUCAGGCUUGCAGGUUGAAUCUUUACAAGUUGUUUUUGGACAAUUAACUAAUAAUACUCUUGUUUUUCUAUGAAAGUUGUAUUUUUCUAUAUUUUCUUGGAAAUAAGACACUACCCGUUUUUGGCUAUUGAGACAGGUAAUGCACGAAAUUCGCAGAGUAACAUUUAUAAAAAAGUUAUGUUUACUCUUAAUCUAAUUUAUUUUUUCAAGAUGGCUGUGAAUUAUAAUACUCAAGAUCAAUUUAGAAGAGAACCUACGAAAACAAUGUUUAAUUGCUGUCAAAAACAAGCUUGUAUACAAAUACAUUUAUUUGAUCAUGAGAAUGAUCUACUAAAAUACAAUACAUUUGACUGAUUCUUAGAACUACGAUUCCAAGAGUGGGCCAUGUAAUAUGAUGGCCUCUAACUGUGGUCACACAAAACACCACUGAAAUGUCCAAAAAUAGCGAAACUCUGGGCAAUUGUGACAGCACAAUGCAUUCGCUAGUUGCAGUAUUCAUGGUUUACCUUAAUGUGCCGUCUCACUCAAAUUAACACUUUUACGAUUCUCGUCAUCUGAGGAAGUAGUAGUUGAUAAAAGUGUGGUAUUUUGGCGUGGACGUUGGUCGGGGAAGCCAGCCCGCGGUCAUGGAUCCGGAGAUGUGUCCCACUGCAUGAGGCAAAUGGGGGGUCACACCAGAUACUAACUGGUUUUCUGAUCCACGCCCCUACUUUUUUUUAAAGGGCUUUAUCUGUGACCAACAGAUGCAUAUCUGUAUUCCCAGUUGUGGAAUCCAUAGAUUAGGGUCUAAUGAAUUUCUUUCAACUGAUUUCCUUAUAUGAACUAACUCAGUAAAAUAUUUGAAAUUGUUGAAUUUUGCGUUUAUAUUUUUGUUCUGACCAGCAAAAUAAAGUCAAGAACAGCUUG